GAUCGAUCCAACCAUGGCUGCUUUGAAAGCUUUUUCUCUCUUCUCAUUGGCUCUCCUUAUCCUCCUCCUCCUUCCUCUCCUUUCAGCUCAUGCAACUAAUCCACCAAAUUCGCUUGACAAAAAAACUUCACCCUUCGAGUUUCUCAAGGGCCUUCACGGAUGUCACAAGGGCAAUAAGACCAAAGGCAUCCAGGGCCUCAAAAAAUACCUUGAACAAUUUGGUUAUCUAAACUAUAACCAUUCCAAAAAUCACACCCAUUCCAACGACGACGUUUUUGAUGAUCUCUUGGAAUCGGCCGUCAAAACAUACCAACUUAAUUACCAUCUGAAAGCGAGUGGCACUUUGGAUGAUAAAACAGUAUCAACCAUGAUGGUGCCUCGCUGCGGCGUGGCAGACAUCGUCAACGGUACAAAUUGGAUGCAUCUGGGGAAGAAGUGGCAUGAUCACAAGAGCCAUGGCUCAUUCCAUACCGUCUCUCACUAUAGUUUCUUCCCCGGAAACCCAAGGUGGCCGCCAUCCAAGUACCGCCUCACCUAUGGAUUUGUGUCAGGUACCCCAACUGCAGCCAUAAACGCCGUCGUGCAAGCCUUCCAGGCAUGGGCCUCAAGAACGCAUUUCACCUUCUCACAGGCUCCAAGCGGCGCACGCCCGGAUAUCACAGUUGGUUUUUAUAGUAGGGAUCAUGGAGACGGGUACCCUUUUGAUGGAACUGGUGGCACCCUGGCUCAUGCUUUUGCACCGACUGAUGGGAGAUUCCAUUAUGAUGGAGAUGAGAGAUGGAGUGUGGGUGCAGUCCCAGGUGCAACCGAUUUGAUAACAGUUGCCGUGCAUGAAAUUGGGCACCUACUUGGACUCGGGCAUAGCUCAGUCCAGCAAGCUAUCAUGUUCCCUAGCAUCUCUCAAGGAGUCACCAAAGGCCUGCAUCCCGACGAUAUUGAAGGAAUUAGAGUGUUAUACAACAGGUAAAAGAUAUUUGGAAACGGGCGGGAGUAUGUAGUAUGAUAAUAUUAUAGAAUAAAGUGUUACUGCCGCCAUUUUAUAAAAUACAGCAUGCAUGAUUAUUAUCAAUAAAGAUUAAUUAAAGGGUGUGUUUGUAUUCA